AACGUUCUCCCCGUCAAGGUGCCGCCGCCUCCGCGCGAGAGAGGGAAUAAUACACAGUAACCCAUUGCGCGAGUUGUCGCAAGUACUACAGAGAGAGAGAGAGAGAGAGAGAGAGAGAGUAUAGCCUCGCCGCGGCGGCGGCACCUUGAAUGAAGGCUAGACUAUACAUAUAACACGAGAGAGCGAAAGAGAGAGAAGACGCGACGAAGCGCCAUAUUGCCCGCCGACUCCCCCGCCGCUACUCUUUUUCGAGAGAGAGAGAGCGCGCGCGCGCCCGCCGUAUAUACGCUUUCACGCCGCUGCCGCCAGUCGCGCGUGUGCGUCCCUCCUCAGCACACGACGUGCUGCGUGUACGUGUGCUAUAAUACUACUCGAGAUUCUACUGUGCUGCAGCCACCGCCGCGCGCGAUAUACAUAUAUACACAGAGAAAAUACACUGUUGUCGCAUGGCCGGGUCGACGACUAGUAGACGGUAAAAAAACAAACAAACGAAUAAAAACGACUUCUUACCCCGGCCGGAGAGAGGUUAUAUCGUUGUAAUAGAAUUGCAGAGCUUGUGUGUUAUUAUUUUGGAUAGUAAGAGUGUCUCUGUGGGAUCACGCAUUGUAAUGGUUAGCUGACGCUGUGUACUCCUGGUAUAUACCUCACACUUAUACUCACCCUGGUAAAGCCAGACACACACACACACAUCUCGUCAUUCGUCCUCCUUUUCGACCGAGUGCGAGUGCGAGAGAGAGAGAGAGAGAGAGAGAGAGAGAGAGAGAGAGAGAGAGAGAGAGAGAGCAAAAGGGCAGCAGCGCUUCCGCGCGAAAUAAGGUCGGUCCGUUAUUUUUUCGAAAGUCGGACGCGCGCUUUUCUGUCAAAAAUAAAAGGAGCAAAAAAUUAAUGCCGUCGCACGUAUUAUCACACGCAGGUAAACACGUUCGCUCGUUUGGUUCGCGCGCGCGCGCGCGCGGGAUAUACCGUUACUCCGUGUGCGGAGAGCUGGCUUGUAAAGUUCCCUCGGAAGAGAGUGCGAGCGAGGGAGAAGUUUUCUCGUCUCCAUAUACACAUAAACGAGUCGUCCGAGGAUAGAUGAAAACAAACAAAAGACGCAUGCCUGGGGAAGACUAGCAGCCUCAUCUUCUCGCGUGCUAGACGUGCAGUCCCUUAUCUUUUCGCAUUUACACGAGUUCGCGUGUGAGUGUGGAACGACGAGAGGGAAAGAUAUAUAGGGCCCCAGUAGGCUGCUGCAGAGGCGAGAUAGACCGUAUCCCGGAGUCUUAUCUCGGAGAGAAAGAGAGGCCACCGCGUCUCGAGCGGAUUUUCCCAAAGUCCCGUUUCGAGGCUAUAUACAAGACGGGGCGCUCCUCCUCCUUCCUCCUCUGCAGCCGCCGCCGCAGUCGCCGCGUGAGUUCGAUGUUAGUGUCGCGAACAUCGGUUGGAGGUACGGAGAACUGCUGCAGCAUACAAGGCUGACAUUCAAGCUACUACCUUUCGGUAGACUUGAGUAGUGUUAUGCCUCCGCGGAAUCUAUCUCCUUGGCCCAAUCACCUUAGCAAGCGAUUCUUGAGCUAUAAUGCUCUGUUCAGGGUAUAUCCUCACCAACUAAGUUGUUGAUGAAGUCCAGUCACGCUAAUCAUCAACUUACGGCAGUUACCUGUAACGCAGCAUUUAUGUACAUUAUUUGUCAAAAAGAACUGAAACCAAGAUGCAGCAGGUGGACUCAAUCUUGCAAAAUAACUCGGUCUUUCAUUAGAUUGGCAAAAAAAGAUUUGAGUAACAGCCUAUCUUUCCUUAGAUAGACGAUUCAAAUUUCUGUAAAAUAAAUCCCCCGUUUGACUGAAUAGAAUGUAUGACUCACAGUUAGAUGAGGAGCGAGAAAGGCUGUGUAAUAUACCGAAGACGAGCGCCCCUGGCAAGGCAUCGACUACGCCAGCCGUUCCCGCUAAAGAGCCGCCUCCACGAGAAGAACCGCCCGUGGAGCCGGUUAAUGGUAUAGUCCAGCCGCCGGUCGUUCCACCUCCCAACCGACCAGGAAGGGUUACCAAUCAGCUGCAAUUUCUGCAAAAAGGUGUACUAAAGCCACUAUGGAAGCACCAGUUUGCGUGGCCCUUCCAGCAACCUGUGGACGCGAAGAAGCUAAAUUUGCCAGACUACCACAAAAUUAUCAAACAUUCAAUGGAUUUGGGAACGAUAAAGAAGCGUCUCGAGAAUACGUACUACUGGAGUGGCAAAGAAUGUGUUCAGGACUUGAACACUAUGUUUACCAACUGCUACGUGUACAACAAGCCUGGCGAGGACGUUGUGGUGAUGGCACAAACCCUAGAAAGGUUAUUCCUCACAAAGGUUGCACAAAUGCCAAAGGAAGAGGUAGAAUUGGAGCCGCCAGUAGCGAAGGGCCCCAAAGGCAAGAAGCCUGGCGGCGUCGGGCGAAUCGCUGGUGCGCCACUAGGUCCAGGAGUACCGCCAGGUGUCCCAGGAACACCAGGACGCGGUAGGCCGUCGUCGGGCGCGCCGACAGUUUCGUCGAGCGUGCCCAAUAGCAUGAUCGUGCCGACGGCCACGACGACCGGUACGACGGGCCCGAUACCAGCGAUGCCACCGAUGGGCACUCAGGUACCGGCCUCGGUGCCUGGUAGUACCAAUACCACGACGAUAGCGCCGCCUGCGGCCGCGACCCUGCCUGGUGUCACGUCGAUGGCCACUCAUAAUUCGUUGCCGCCCCAGGUUGUGCCGCCAGCGACCGGCUACCACGCCCAAGCAGCUAUGGAUCCCCAGACGGCGGCUGCCGUUUCGGCGCCUCCUCAGGUACCAACGGCAGCUACCGUCAUGCCGCCCUCGCAACCCGCCAAACUCAAAAAAGGGGUGAAGAGAAAAGCCGAUACGACGACGCCUACCGCAAACUCCUUUGAUCCCAUAUACGCUCCACUGGAUUCGAAAAACGCCAAGAUUCCCACAAGGCGGGAAUCUGGCCGACAGAUCAAGAAGGGCUUGAUGGGGCUGUUUCAGCCAACGAGGCAAGCAGAAGACGGCCUGGUGCCGUUCCAUCAGGCCAACAUGCCUCUGAUGGGGGCAAUGGCCCAACAGCCUCAACACACAAGCAGCAAAUUAAAGGAUAAGCUCUCGGAAGCCCUAAAAUCAUGCAAUGAAAUCCUAAAAGAACUGUUCUCCAAAAAGCAUUCGAGUUAUGCAUGGCCUUUUUAUAAGCCCGUUGAUGCAGAGCUUCUAGGCCUCCAUGAUUACCACGAUAUCAUUAAGAAACCCAUGGAUCUUGGCACUGUUAAGGUAAAAAUGGACAAAAGGGAGUACAACACGGCAUCUGAGUUUGCCGCUGAUGUCAGGCUCAUAUUCACAAAUUGUUACAAGUAUAAUCCUCCAGAUCAUGACGUUGUCGCCAUGGCUAAGAAAUUGCAAGACGUUUUUGAAAUGAGGUACGCCAAAAUUCCCGAUGAGCCAAUGGGUGGCUUAGUUGGCUUGAAGGGCUCUGAUAGUAGUGGCAGCAGUUCUGUAUCCGAAGAUUCUUCGGACUCGGAUGAUUCUGAAGAAGAAAGAACACAGAAAUUAGUUGCCUUACAACAAGAGUUGAAAGCAAUGCAAGAGCAGAUGCGUAAACUCGUGGAACAAAGUGGUAAAAAGAAGAGUAAGAAGAAGAAACCUGAAAAACCCAAUAAGCCCAAGUCUCUCAACAAUAAGGACCUGAUGGCGGGUGGUCAUAGUGGUGCCAUGAAAGAGCUGAUGAAGUCGGGCAUUCGAAGCGUUUCGGAAAGUGUCGGUGCUACUUUAGCCAAUGUCUCGUUGGGUCCAGGCCAUCAUCUGCCUCCGAACUCUGCUGCGGCAGCGGCGGUGGCAGCUCAGGCUGCUGCUGCAGUUGCGGCUGUGACGGGUAAUGCCAAGGCCCCGAAAGGCAAGAGCAGAGGUCCAGGCAAAGCCACGGCGGCUAAUGCUGCCAAUAAGAGGCCCAAGACAGCGAGUCGAUCGUCUGGCAAUAAGAAGAAGAACGCGGUGAAUCAGCCGCCUCCGAUUGUCUUCGACUCGGAAGACGAGGACAACGCGAAGCCAAUGUCCUAUGACGAGAAGCGGCAGCUCAGUUUGGACAUUAAUAAGCUACCUGGUGACAAACUUGGUCGCGUAGUGCACAUAAUACAGUCGCGUGAACCUUCGUUGAGGGAUUCAAAUCCAGACGAGAUAGAGAUCGACUUCGAAACUCUGAAACCAUCGACACUGAGAGAACUGGAAAACUACGUCGCGUCUUGCCUGAGAAAAAAACCACAUAAAAAGGUCAGUGGUAAAUCUAAGGAUGAACAGAUGGCAGAAAAGAAACAGGAAUUGGAGAAGAGGUUGCAAGAUGUUACAGGACAGCUGGGAAAUAUAAAAAAGCCAACGAAGAAAGAAGACAGUAGUAAAUCGGUCGACGUUGUUGGAACAGCCGGGACCAGUGCGCCAUCGAGGUUGUCUGCAUCAAGUAGUAGCAGCAGUGACAGUGAUUCCAGCAGCAGUUCGCUCACCUCAAGUUCCAGCGAUUCAAGUGACAGUGAAGCAGGAACAGCAGGUAAUCGACCACCACGAAAAAAGAAGAAGCUGUCGACGACCGCUUCUAUCGCUCCAACCACGGCGACGACGACGACGACGACAGCCAGUACAGUUCCGACGGCUUCGAACUUGAAUCAUACCGGAGGUAUGUUAAUGAAUAGCCAAACGGCAGCAAAUACUACGGGACCAGCAACCAAGUCAGCAGCCACGCAACCUAGCAAUAAUCCCACUGAUCAAGUGUUGAGCGGACUGAGUGCGAGCAACGCCAAUCAACCGACCGUCAGUCAACCAGGCGCCGUAGCAGCGGUGACGGCUAGUCCUUCUGUGGUAGCGCCUCCAGCUCCAACGCCUCCGGUCGCGAGUCAUGCCUCGAUGCCAGCCCAGCCGUCGCGGCCAUCUUCCUUGGCAACAGCGGCACCGGUGAAAAAGCCACCGGUAAUCCCGCCAGUUCAGCCGAUCCAGCAACAACAACAACCGAUUCCAUCGAGUCAACCAAUCACGACCACAGCUGCACCAGCCACGAUAACGCCGACGAUAGCUAGUAUACCGCAGCAGCAGCAGCAGCAGCAGCAGCAGCAUCAGCAUCAGCCGCAACAACAGCAACAACAAGCCCCGUCGAUAACGUCGCCGAUCGUGCCGCAAACUGUCUCAGCUGCACCUGCAGUUGUUAGUUCCUUUCCCAGCGUAGCGACGUCUCUAACGCAACACGAUGUGGUUUCUGGUGUUGUUGGCCAGCAGUCGGAUUUGCUUCAGCCGUACAAUGCUCUAGUAUCAGCAGCGCCAACGACAACGCAAUCAGCCCUGGAACAAACGCUAGCUUCUAAUCUCUCGAUGGUCAGCUCGAAAAAGGAUCACCAACAGCAGCAGCAACAGCAUCAGCAAGUGCCAAUGAGUAUUCACUCGUCAAUGGCUCACCAAACGACUAACAACACGACCAGCGCCAGCAUGAACCUCUUGACACCAGAGAUGAAGAACGUGAUGUCCAAUCGAGGCGGCUUGAACCUCCCACCUAACAUGUCUAAUAUAUCCAAUAUGAAUCUGCAUCUCAGUCAUCCUCUCGAGAGCAUGCUGAACAGUCUUCAGCAGCAGCAACAGCAGCUUCAUCAUCAGCAACAACAACUGCAUCAACAGCAGCAGCAACAGCAGCAGCAACAACAGCAACAACAGCAACAGCAGCAUUCAAACGGCUUCUCAAAUAUGAAAAGACAGGACAAUUCCCCGCCUAAUAUGUUGAACAAUAACGGUAUCGCAGGCUUGGGUGUGAACCUAAAUAUGGCUGGAAUAGGUUCGAUAUUCGAUCCCCAUUCGUUGGUCAUGCCCAUGCAGAUACCUCAGCUGCAGACGAAGUCCGAUGAUAAGACAGCCAUGGCCAUGGCUCAGCAGCAGAUGCCUCAGAAGAUAGAUGCCGGAGCUUUUUUUGCAGAAAUGACUGCUUUAGGAAUACCCGGCCUGGGUAAUCACUCCAGCUCCCAGGUGAUGCCCGAGAAGAAGCAGACGACGCCUCCUGACUCCAAGAAUUCCGCAGCUAAUUUUGCCUCCGCCUUCAAAAGCAAGACUGCGGAGCCAAACGUGAAGAACGCGUCCUCCUGGUCCUCGCUGGCGCAAGCCUCGAGUCCACCAACUGCUGCUGGCACUAGCACAAAGAGCGCUACGCGCGAUACCUUCCAGGCUUUCAAGAAGCAAGCGAAGGAGAAACAAGAUAGGCAACGAGCCUUAAUGGAGCAGCAAGAACAGCGCCGCCAAAAGGAAAUGGAAGAACGCGCGAGGCGAGAAAACGAACGCAGGCGAGAGAAAGAAGAAGAGGAUGCGAUGGACAAGGUGCGCAAGCAGGUGACGGAGACGACGCCAGCAGUACCUGCAGCAUCUUCGACACCUUCUUCCAGAGCCGAAGUUGUCAAGGCGACCGAAGUAGCAGAGACUAAUAGUAGCAGUCCGAGCCAGUCGGCUAGCCAGGAGAAGGCCGCAGCUGAAAGGGAGAGACAGAGGCUACGGGAGCAAGAGAGGCGGCGACGAGAAGCGAUGGCCGGCCAGAUCGACAUGAACAUGCAAAGCGAUUUGAUGGCAGCCUUUGAGGAAUCGCUGUAAUGUUGCACUAAGCUGCUCGUUUGUUACUAAGUAAAAGUGACAAAAUGGAUCGGGAAUGCAUUCGUGAACCGAGAGAACAAACGAAUGAAAGAAAAAGAAAGCGAGAGUCGACGAUACCGGGCAGGACUUGGAUGAGAAAUGAAAAAAGAGCGCAGGACGAAAGAAAGAUUCACGGCUUUCGUGAAUUAAAUAACAUGAAUUAUAAACUAUAGAACUCUCAGGAACACCCAAGAAGGUGAACCACGGAGUGAAACGUGUUAAUAUAUAUAUAUUGUCAAAUAGUAGUUAAGUAAGAAGGACGCAAAUGUGCGAGAGCACGACGAUGCUAGGCAGAAAGGAGAAAGGAAAAGCGACAUGCAAUGAUGAUUUAAAUUAAAUUAAUGAACUGGACGAGCAGCGUACAAGAGACACUAUUAUACACACUGCCGAGGCACGUCUGUCGUUUUUUUCUCUUCUCUUCUUUCCAGGCGCGAAGACGACGACGGCGACACGUCCGUCUUCUCGUCGAUGACGCUCCGCACAUCAUUUGUGUAGCCUCAGAACGCCACCGGCUGCGACGCGAUCGCUAGCUUGUUUUUUAAAAAAAAGGAAAGAACAGUGUGCGCGUGUGCUAUAUAAUAAUCGAAAGACGGACACUUAAAUGUGACACUAGUAUGCGAGAAGUGGACAGAGAAAUAAAUGAAGAUGGUUCAUUGAUAUAUACUUACGAGAAUACCUCGGUAUGAAGCGCUAUAUAGAGAAUACACACUUGACUACAUUGUGUAACUGUUUUACGAUUUUUCCGGUUUUCAUAAGUUUGUACUUUAUGUAAAUUUGAAGAGAGAAAUGAGUAAGAAAAUAUAAUAAUAACUAUGAAAAUAAAAUAAUAAUAAUGAUAAUGAAUACCAUUGUGUUUUUUCGCGAGUCUGUGUGCGUGGGUAUGUAUACCGUGUUCGAGAGCCUGAAGAUGGUAGAGAGAAAGAUUAAAUACAGAAGCAUGAUAGUGAAAGCGGGGAAAUAAGCGUAUUGGAUGCGCAAGAGUUGUGUACAUUUAGUUAAGUUUUAUAUUUUUCCACAUUUCAGUCAUUGAUCGUUAUUAGGAUUAUAUAUAUAUUAUAUAUUUACAUAGAUAGUUUCUGCCAAUAAUUACCCAUUAAUACAAAUCGAUUAACUCUUAACGUUUCAACAACAGCAACAAAACAUUGAUAAUUUUGAAUCGCGUUUUUGGUUGUAUCUUGUAAAACGGCGCGACGCAAUGAGUCGUGUAGGGACUAGUUGAUCGGGUCGGCGAAAAAAUCUUUACGCUAAAUGAUUAAAGAUAUUACUGUGAGAGGAGGGAAAAGGGCACACAUCCGGCGCCGAGGAAUGUCUUAUUGAUCACGAAUUUCACGUGACGAAGGUUGUACACUUUCGACAGGGAUGUGAAAGUCAAGGUUUUUCUUUUGACUUUACCGACUGAACAUUGUUGCGCUAAAAAUUAAUGUUUUUUCUAUUUACGUAUGCCUUACCUUAAGUUAUUGUGCGAAUUUUCAUGUUUGCGUGCUUUUUACCUUCUACCCAAUUUUCUUGCAAUUAUUUAUGUGUUUCGAAGUUUGAGAGCUGAGCUUGUAUCGCUUUGCCGUAAUCGAAGCCUCUCAACUUUGAGAGUUGUAUUAUACAUAACAUGUAUAGAUAAUUGAAUAAAUAGAAAAAAAUAUUAAUUACUAGCUUAAUACUGCUAAGUGGGUAACGCUAGAUUUUUUAUACAGCUUUGACAUCCCGUUUAAAAGAUAAAAAGAAGAAAAAAUAAAAUCGUCAAUUAUUAUGAAUAUAGUGGUAAAGAAUAUUAAAAAAGUAAAAAAAAAAACAAAUAAACGAUAGUGCGAAAUAAUUAAACGAUCUCUCGUCCUAACCAGUAAUAAUAAAUAUUAAAAAUCAGACGUGUGUUAAAUAAUAAUAAUAUUUAAGAAUUAUGGAAGAAAAACAAAAAAUAGGUGUAUCUAUUUCCUAUAGGGUGCGAUCAUCGAAGAGACUCAUGAUGAUAAAAGACUCGACUGCAGCCAAAUAAGCGUAAGAGCCCUUAUUUCAAAUGUAUGCUCAACAACGUUAAACAAAUAAAAUCAAUCGUGGUUUGGCAUGUGACGAUGAGAUUGCUUCAUCACAGUAGUUGAUCGGCGGUUCGUCAACUUACUUGGAGAAGCAGGCAUAUCACAGUCCAACUUGCGUAUUGAUAAUCGGCUUAAAUGCUUUCGAUCUUGCAAUGGACGUAAACAUUAACCACUUAUUUCUUUUCGUAAGAAGAAAUGCAAGAGAAGUACAAACGUCGAACGGAGAUGAUAUUGUUCAUUAAAACUCAUCGGUAUUGUAAAUUUUUGGGUAAAGUAUCUCGAUGGGAAUAUAACAUAGCUCUGAAAACUUUAAGGAGAGAGACAUUUAUCUUUUAGGGAAUCUAAAUCAAUACAUUAAGGUGUAGUGCGAUUUUAUUUUGUGAAAUUUAGGGAAUGAAUUUGUGCGAAUAUGGUGGAUGAUAUUUUUUGUUGCACAAAAAAUUUACUAAGAUCGCUGCUUUGCCAUCAAAUUUUUCGAGAGAAAGUGUCGUUACGCCGCUCAUUUUUGUAACUAUAGGUAGAAGUUAUUAGAAGUCAUUUUUCCUGAAUUUGUUAUCAUUGUUUCUGUGUCUACGAUUUUUUUCGCUCGGAGCUUACAAUUUGUACAAAUCUAGUUGGUUUAAUAUGUAAAAGAGUUUUUACAAAAAUCCAGCAAUGAAGAGUGCUGCAAUUUUUUGUCGUAUAAAUGAAGCUUCCUUUCGUAAUUUAUAAUCAGAACUAAUUGCAGAAAGUAGAAAUUAUAAGUAUGACACGUGAAUGAUUAAUCAAUUUAUUGAUUAGAAACAUGAAAACUAAACUAUGUAUAAUGUAGGUACAAAAUGGCGUCGAAGUGGCGUUCCUUUGAGUUUCAAAUGAAAAAACGAUUAAAUUGAAAAAAAAAAAUUAAAUUAAAAGAAAAAUCAAAAGUUUCCGUCAAUGCCCGUCGAGCCUUUCUCAAAGAGAGUUUAACGAUGCGUUGCAUGUUGAAUUUAGUCUGUACACGAAGGUAUUGCGUCGUCUUUUUCGCUUAUUGAUUCGAUAUGUUGUGUUGAUAUGACAAAUAUAUGUUGUAAUAAGCGAUAUAUAUUAUAUAUAUACUCUUGAAACUUUCUUCGACGCGACGAGAGAAAAUCAUGUGAAAAGGGGGGAUGGAAAGGAGAGGCGCGCGCAUAAGAAAUCGAUAAAGAAUAAUAUAAUUAUUAUAUUUCUAGGCGUACAUGAAAAAAAGUCAACGUUAACGCUUAGCAUAAUUAAAAGCUCUUGUGUGUGCGUGCGUCCUUGCGUUUUAAUCAAUAAUGUGAAUCCACGACGCAGUGAUGUCUGUCAAAUUUUCUCGGCGUUCACACUUUUGUAGUGCUCAAUGUGAUAUCUAUUUUUAUAUAUGUAAAACAUUUUUUUAAAGCUAUUCCAAACGUUAUGCAAUAUGCGACGAUCAAUCAUAUUUUUGUACAAGAACGCAUAUGUUAGAAUUUCUAGAUAGGCUCGCAUAUCCAACACCAAUUUUGAAUGGUACGCUAAUUAUAUACGAGCUUUAUGGACAUCUUCUCACACGGCGUUGAGAAGAUCGGGAUCGGGAACAGAAGAUCGGGCCUAUCUAGAAGGUCAUUGCUCAUCUUUUCAUUAAAUGCAUCUAUAGUAAUCGACGGUCCAUCAAUAGCUAUAUGUCGUUUUCGUUACAAUAUAUAGUAGUAUUACGCAAGUGUAAUGAACGAGUAAAAUAGUCAUUCAUACAGUCGUCGAUGGAGUCACUGAUUUCACAACGUUCUUCUUUUCUUUGUAUAUUGUCUCGAAAAGCGUCGUGCAAUUUUGGUGCAAAUCAUUGUCCAUCAGACAUUAUAACGAAAACCACAGGGAAAAUCCAUAGAGAAGCGUACAAGGAUUGUUUCUUUACUCUUAUGAAGAACGAAAUUUUCGUUAAGAGUAUCCUAGUAAUUUUAAAAUUGUUACUUUACAUUUGAGAUUUAUAAUUGUGUAUUAUAUGAGAAUGUAGAAUUUGUUAUAAAAAAAAUUUACCUCACAUUCCAUGCAGAUUUAAUAAAACAUUUUAUCUUAAUUACUUCCUUGUUUACUACACGAAAAAUUGAAAAAAAUUAUUUUAAGAUGGUAUAUUGUUUUUAUUUAAUGUGUAAUGAAAGAAAAGAAACUUAAUUUUUACUCGAUCAAAAAAUACAUUAUUCUACAUGUAAGUAUUGUGCAAAGAUAAAUUACUGUAGUCGAAAAAGCACUACUACGAAUAGAUUUUUUUUAUUUUUUAGAAACUGGUAUUCAUAUGUGCAAUAAUUAUACAAAGUAAGAAAUUAGUCAAAAGAAAAGAUCACAAGCCAAAUGAAAAGUAAACAAAUGAAGAGCAAACUGAAUGGAGCGUUGCUUUCGUUCUGUUACGUCAUGUUACUAAAAGUUUUGGGCUUGUUCAUAUAAGAAAGAAAGUAAAGUAACAAUUUUAAACGUCUAGAAGUACCUUUUCGACGAUAUCGUUCGGAUGAGUAAAAAAAACUUUCAAGUACUUAAACAACGGAAACACUUCUCCGGUAUAGGUCGGAUAUCAUAGAUUUGCCAACCGAACAGAUAUUUUAUAGACUCGAACACGAGAGCGAACGUUAUUCAUCCUCGUUUCCUACUGCUCUCCCUUGUGUAAACGUUAAUUUGUUCGCCAAGCGCACGUGGGACUACUGUCGAAAGGUUUCAUCGACAGCUAUUAUUGAUACAUAUAUAUUUUAGAUGUGCCUGAUUCUGCUUUUCUCCGCGUGCAGCUUUGCGGAUUAUAUCUGUCGUCGACGUGUUGUGAGGAAAAUAUUGUAAUUACGGUAUAAAAAAAAGGAUAAAACUUGUAUAUAAAAAACGUUUUUUGUUACCUUCAGUAUGUUUUUAUUGGACUAUGAGUAACAAUUAUCCAUUAAUAAAUGCAAACGUAUACGUUAAAACUAUCUAUCGAUUUUGAUUAUUUUCAUUUCAUUGUCUCCCUUUACACUUUUGUUUAAAUGAUCUUAUUUUUUGAUAUUCAAACGCAAUCAGCAAUACACGAUGACGUUCGUGCGCUAUGCGAUGUAUGACAACCAUUCAUUAUAACGCGAGAUCGAAAAGAAACGUAACAAAUUGCAUGCAUCGUAUGACCGGCUCAGUCGAUAUAUGAAAGCAAACGUAGACGUAGAUUUGCGCGAACGAAAAAUGGACCCUCGACUUUUAAACUAUACAUACCGGUAAUAAAAAGGACACAUCAAUGAGAUCGUCGACUUUUUCGGGGCGAAAAGGUCGUAAAACCAAGAUUUUCAGACGGAAAAAUGUAAAUGUCGUAUAGGUAUAUAUCAUGAUAUUGUAUAAACACGUGAAUUGUAAAUACGAGAGUCAAGGUUGAUUUGAUGAAAGAGGUAUAAAUCGUUUGGCAGCCACUUCAUAUGUAGAAUGCAGAUAUUUCUAUGUAUAUCAAAACAAAAUAAAAAAGUGAAUGACUUUGUAUAGUUAUGCAGAGAAAAAUUUCAAAAAAAUAGUGGGGAUGAGAAUCAAGCGCAAAUUUAGACACACUGAUACACCUCUAUGUAUGUGAUAAGGGUUUGUAAUGUUGUAUUGAAAAAAAAGGAGGCCGAUAGAUGUGGGGAGAGAAGAUCAUGUAGUAGAUCUCAGCCUAAGUUUAGAUUUAAAUAAAAAUGGUAAUGAAAACGAAGGGGAGGAAAAAAAAAUAUAUAUAUUAUAAAGAUGAAAUAUAUAUAUACUAGAUAGCCACACUAUGUAUAACUUCGUAAGUAACACCAAAACCACUCCGCUGUAUUAAAUAACGACAAAAAUAAUAAAUAAAAGUAAUUUUUUAUAUAAGUUUGAAAACCAUCAUGGGCACACAUCAUCUUCAAUGGCACGUGAAUUUUAUCAGACUUAAUAUUAAUUAUUAAAAAAAAUAAUAAAUAAAUAAAAAUACUACUAAUAACAAGAAACGUUUAAUUAAAAAAAAACAUGGUUGUAUAUAAAUAAUAAUUGAAUUUAAAUAAAUGGAUUAAAAAUAAAGUGAUGCUUUGAUGUUGUUAAGUAGAAGGAUGAUUCUUCACUUUUUUAUUCACUUUCUCUCAUUUGCUGUGCAAGUGAUGUAUGGAUCCCUUUAUUUUACUUAUUAGUUAUGCUUUUUUUAUUCUGUUCCUUUAUUUUUGUAAUUUUUAUUAGUCAUGAGAAAUUCAAAACGAAUUAAGUAACUAUUCGUUGCUUUGAACGAAAUAUUGACGUUAAAAGAAAAAAGCAAUAUUUGAUUAUUAUACAACAUUUAUUACAAUUUUACGAAAUUUAAAUUAUUCGUUUAAUAAAUAUACUUCUUUUAUAUCUAUUUCUUUUUAACGAUAAAGUAAGUGAUUGCAACCAUUAUCAGGAGUUGCAGUGUCGGUAGUACAAAGCUAAAAAUAUUUGCGCUUGACCGAUCGUUUAGAAUAUAAAUAAAAAAAAUUACUAAGUGGCGUGUAGUGGAAUUAUUUCUUUAAAUGUUUAUUGUUAGAACUAGAUGAAAAAAAACAAUGUUGUUUAUUGAUAAAUCUCGAUAUAAGCUAAUAUAAUCCAGAGUUUGAGCAAUAAUUCGAUUUUACACGCGUCGAUCGUUUCUCUGUUUCUUUAUUUCGAGAGCAAUCGACGACUAUAUAUUCGUAAAAAAAAAAAAAAAAAAA